CAAACACACGUCAAUGACGAAAAAGGAAAAACCUUGAAGGCCUUCCGUUCAAAAUGGUGUUUCGGUCGCGAGUUUAUUUCUAAAUUAAAACAAGUUCUAGAAUAAUAUGAAUUAAAUCCUAAGCUACCAGAGUGUAGUCAAAUUACGAUAUAAAAUUUCAACCAGCCGCGAAGUAAUUAGAUGUUUAGUUACUGUGAUAAAAAAAAUCUAUGCGAUUACCGCAAAUCAAUUUUAGUGUGUCGUGUUUUAAUGCCUGUGAUGUUAUUUAAAGUGUCUUACGUGAAUUAAAAUGGUGGUUCGCGCACAGUCGUAGCAAACGGGAGAUGUCUGCCGCGUCCGGACUGAAGCAUGUCGCCACAGAGCCCGCGCAGCUGGACAACAAGCGCGAGCGUCGUCGCGGCAACUCGACGCGGGCAGCGGGGCGGGCGGCGGCGCUGCGCCGCGUGCCCUCCGACUCGGACUGCUCGGUGGAGACGGCCAGCCUAUCCGCCGAUAGCGGGGACCGGUCUGUGAGACCGCCGCCGCCGCCGGUCAGAACGUCCAAGUCCAGGAGUCGUCGCCGCGGCUCGGAGUGGGAGGUGCUUGAGGGUCUGAAGGACGGGCAGCGGUUCGACAAACGGCCAGAGGUGUUUAACGGGUACCUGCAUAAGAAGAGGAAAUGGCCCCUCAAGGGGUGGCACAAGCGUUUCUUUGUCGUCGACGGCGGUAUACUAGUAUACGCGCGGUCCGCCGGCGACGUGGCGCGCGGCCGGCUGCACGGCUCCGUCGACGUCGGCCUGUCGGUGCUGUCGGCCAAGCCGCGCCGACGCCGCAUAGACAUUGACGCCGACGAGUUCAUAUACCACCUCCGGGCUAAGACGCACGACGCGUUCCGCACGUGGCUGCACGUGCUGAAGACGCACAGGCUAUACCGUCAACACCUGCUGACGUUCGGCGCCCGGGAGUCCGUCCCCAAGAUACAUGCACCCCUCGACGACAUACCUCCCAAUGAGAACUCCUCCCGCUUGGUAAGCCCCACUUCGCCCCCUCUCCGCGGGCCUCAGGCUGGCUUCGUGUCUGGCACACCAGGUGGACGACUCGCCAGUUGGAUCAUAGAAUCAGGCUCCGGUCUGGAAAGCGCCACACGUUCCCUCAGCGAGGCGCAGCAGGGCGUGGCAGCACUUCAGCGACUUGCAGCAGCACUGCAGGCGGCGGCCGCGCCCGACACCGACGCGUCGCUCGACGGCGCCUCCCCCGGCGUCAAGACUACGCGCCGCAAGUUCGGUCUGCGCAAGAAGAAAAGCUCCACGAAAUGCUCGUCCGUAGACCUGCACGCAGCCGCGCACGCUGCUGGCGUACACCUCGACCCGUCCGGCUCGCACACGGCGCUAUCCGCUUUAACCGCGCCCCCUUCGCCCGGCGGCGGCGCGUCCUCCAUGCCUAACUCUGCCGCAUCCCUGCCUAUCGCGUUUCUUUCCUCCUAUCUGGCUUCCACUACUAUAGUUCCGUGCGCGGCCGCUCGCCCGCAGUCCCUGCCGGGUGCGGAGGCUCUCAACGCGCCCACGAGCCUCACCAGCCUCAACCAUGAACACCAGCUGAGAGAUGACUUCAAUGUCUUGGCUAAGGACCUGGUGACCACGCUCAAGGAUGUUGUGGCUACUCUGGUGAUGGAGCGUGGUCGCCUUCGCGCGGCGAUGGAAGCGGGCGACGGUCCCACUGGCGGCGUGCUCACCGCGCUCCGGAACAAUCUGUCCACCGCCUUACAUCAGAACGAAGUGUCCUCCACAGAGCUGCGCGCGCGCCUCUCGCGCAUACACGACGCCUCCGACCUCGCAGACGUCACCGCGCCGCCCCACAACGCCGAACAGAACCGUCGGUUUCCGCACUCGCUGAGCUACAGCUCGUCGUGCGUGUCCGCGUCGGAGUUCUUCGACGCCGAGGAGCACGACGACAACAAGACCGACGAGAUGUUGGACGCCGACGAGGCGGGUGUGAUCGAGCUGGACGGUGACUCGUCGUCUGAGGCGGGCUCACUGAGCAGCGACGACGCCUCCGCCAGCACCGACAACUCCGACGCCGUGGCUAGGCUUGGGGCCCCAAAAAAAAGGUCAACGCGCCGCAGGCUAAGUACAUCCGGUAACGAGUCUAAUAGAUCUAAACGCAAGCAUUCCAAACAGAAACUACGCCGAGAGACGUCGACGACGGUGAACGGGCGUGCGGAGGAGCGUGUGGUGAGUGCGGGCGAGGAGGGGGCGGAGUGGACGCGGCGCACGCGCCUCCCGCACCCGCGCCCCUCCCCCGCCCCGCCCAGCCUGUGGAACCUCCUCUACAAGAACAUCGGGAAAGAUCUCUCGCAGAUAUCCAUGCCGGUCACCAUCAACGAGCCGCUCAAUAUGCUGCAGAGACUGUGCGAAGAACUCGAAUACUCGGAACUCCUCGACGCGGCCGCAGUGUGUACGGGCGCGGCGGAGCGGUGCGCACUGAUCGGUGCGUUCGCUGUGAGCGCGUACGCCGCGACCGCGCACCGCGCCGCCAGCAAGCCUUUCAACCCGCUGCUGGGAGAGACAUAUGAGUGCGUGCGUGCAGACCGUGGCUUUAGCUUUCUUGCCGAGCAGGUUUCCCACCACCCGCCCGUGUCGGCGUGCCACGCGGAGUCGGCGCGCUGGGUGUUCUGGCAGGAGGCGCGCAUCAAGACCAAGUUCUGGGGCAAGUCCAUGGAGUUCCAACCGGCGGGCAAGGUGCACGUGCGCUUGCUCACCACCGGCGACCACUACAGCUGGAACAAGGUGACGACGUGCGUGCACAACCUGUUCGGUGGUCAGCGCUGGGUGGACCAGUACGGCGAGAUGACGGUCACGUGUCACGGCACCGACAUCUCCUGCAAACUCAACUUCAUCAAGGCUAGCUCGUGGUCGAACAGCCGGCACGAGGUGCGCGGCGCGGUGAGCGGCGGCGGCGCGCGGCUGCGGCUGCAGGGACGCUGGACCGAGGCGCUGCACGCCGGCGAGCCGCCUGCCGCCAAGUGUCUGUGGAGGCCCGGCGCGAUGCCGGCGGAGCACGAGCUGUACUACGGGUUCACGCGGUUUGCGAUGGAGCUGAACGAGCUGGAGCCCGGCAUGCGGGACCGCCUGCCGCACACUGACACACGUCUCAGACCCGACCAGCGCGCGCUAGAGGAGGGCGACGUGGAGAGCGCGGAGACGCUCAAGCUGCAGCUGGAGCAGGCGCAGCGUGACCGCCGCCGCGACCGCCCUGACCACCGCCCGCAGUGGUUCCGGCGGUCCGGCGAGGGUGAGGGCGGCGAGGAGGAGACGUGGGUGUUCAGCGGCGAGUACUGGCGCGCGCGCGAGCGGGGCUUCCCCGACCUGCGUGCGCCGCGUCUGUGGUGACCGCGCCCCGACACGAUUGUUCAGCGUGAGGUGCUCUGCUAGUGGUUGUGUUCGCUUGCUUCGCCUUGACUUCGGUUGGGGUGCUUCGCCCCGCUUUGGUCGGGGGCUUCGCUCCGGGGCUCGUCUCGACUUCGCUCCGGUUAGAGUAUUUGUUACUAGUUGACGGCUAAGUACGCGCGUACGCCGGGUUAUGGUUAUAUAGAUAUAUUAUGUAACAUGGUCGUGUACUGUUUACAUAGGUAUACAGAUACGCUAUACGGAUUAUAUAAAAUGUGUAUAAAAUAUAUCACAUUAUAUUAAAUCAAUUACGGAUAUUUUCAGCGAUCUGCUAAUAUUCAAUCAUAAAAAAUUACAAUGUAAUGAUUCUAUUCUAAAUAUUAUAUUACGCUCUUUCUAGCGCGUUCAAGGUCAUUGAAUCGGGAAAGAGACGAAACGAUAGUGCUGUCUUAUUCUAUUCAAUUCUAAUCGGUCUAAGUCACAUGCUUGCAUUACGCUUUCACGAAUAUUUACAAUGAUGUUACCUACACUAUAGCUUCGUCUCUUUCUAAAAACAAGCCCAGAGUUGAGACAGAUGUUACGGCCAUGUUAGGAAUUGGUUAUACUAGUUUUUAAUUUAACAAAACGUAUAUGUGAUAUGAUAAUCUUAGCUGUGAAGUGUGUUGUAUAAGCAAGUACAAAUUGUUUUGCCCGUGUAUAUAGAGUAUGUGAUUUGUGUAGUUUUUUUGUAUGUUGACAGUCA